UGAGACAUUAAAUUGGGGGCUGGGUCCACGAACCAUUAGGGGAACAGAGUCCUCCAGAACAAACCUUGCUCAUUCUCUUUGGCCCCCAGGUGCUGGGCAGAGAGCAGGGUCCUCAGGGGCUGCUGAAUGGGAGCUGGUUGGGCUCUACCCAGCGCACCUGCCAGGCAGCCGGGCACUUCCCUGGUCCGCACCUGCCUGGCCUGGUGUCUGCCUUUUGCCCGCCCUCCCCCACCACCUGGCCCAGGGCGUACUGCCUGGUCCUCCGCCCUGGCACUGGCCCUGGCGUGUGGGAAGUCCCCAGUCACCUGGCAGCUGCCGCCUGAGGCCAGGAGGGCAGGGAGCAGCACCUGGAAGAUGAACCUGAAGGCUGCCGGCGCUCUGAGAGCCGUGCUCUUCAUCUUCGCCUCCGUGUGCGCCUGGUACUCCGGGUACCUGCUGGCACAGCUCGUCCCAGAGGUGCCCCUGUCCAGUGCCAUCUACAGCAUCCGGAGCAUCGGGGAGAGGCCCAUCCUCAAAGCCCCGGCCCCCAAGAGGCAAAAAUGCGACCACUGGUCCCCGUGCCCCCCGAACACCUAUGCUUACCGGUUGCUCAGCGGCGGGGGCAGGGACAAGUACGCCAAAAUCUGCUUUGAGGAUGAGCUGCUCAUAGGAGAAAAGAUUGGAAAUGUUGGGAGAGGAAUAAAUAUUGCCAUUGUCAAUUAUGUGACUGGGAAAGUGAUAGCAGCACAGUAUUUUGAUAUGUAUGAAGGAGGUAAGAAAACUCGUUUCCUCCCAGCAGCUGCGGGGCCGUAUGCCUGGUCCAGAGCGGAGUCCCUGCUCUUCAUGGUGACCCACGAUGACGGCAGCAGCCGACUGAAGGAGGACGCCAAGAAGACCAUAGAAGCGCUUGGAAGCAAAGAAAUCAGGAACAUGCGGUUCAGGUCCAGCUGGGUAUUUCUUACAGCGAAGGGCUUUGAACUUCCUGCGGGAAUCGAGAGAGAGAAGAUCAACCACUCUGAUGCUGCAAAGAACAGAUACCCGGGCUGGCCUGCAGAAAUACAGAUAGACGGCUGUGUACCGAAAGAGCUAAGCUAACAUUGUGCAGACUUAAUAAAUGUGUGUAUUUUUAUAGACAAAUGAAUCAUGGAAUGUCCCAUGAAUCUUAUCAAACAGUCAAUAUUUGAUUUUAUGGGUUUUGUCGUCAACCAACCAAUAUUUGCUACAUGCAUGAAAUCUUGGCACACAGUAUUUUUAUGCCAAUAUUCAUACAGUGAAAAUAUUAAUGAGCAGGAAGACUAAAAUGAAUGGAAAUUGUUCAAUGAAGGGGGUUUAACCUGGAACGGAGAGCGUUGGGGGAAGUAACCCCUGCUUGUGAGUGUGGAGUUAUUUUAGAUCAGAUCUAAGCUUGACCCUGUAGUCACUCUGCAGAGAAAGCCUUGAUUCCAUGAUCAUGGAGCACACCCUCUUACGGGACAGUCAUCUCCCAGGAGAAGGAGCAAUGGUCAGAGGGCGUGGCAAAGCUGCCCUGGUCAGCGCCAGUUGAGCCCUGAACUCUUCCUGUGGGUCCGUGAGCUUACUGUUUCAUGGACAAACCUGGGCUCCUCCUGCCUUCGGCCACUGGGGGUGCAGGGACACAGCCUCUGCCUUCCUGCAGGGGUGUCACUGCCAGAGCUCCGACGGCCUGGAGGGUCUGGCCUCAGGAGGACAACUGUACAGUACACACCGGGCUUUCCAGAAGGCGCAUCGAGAGCCUCAUAUGGGAGAUACGCACGCUCUGAGAAGCAUGUCCCAUGAUGCAUCUGAUUUGGGAUGAAGACCAUCGAGUCAUGGCCAAGCGCUCAUUCUAACCGUCUUUCCAAGCCUGGCUACCAGAAAAGCUAGGGGACUUUGGUGCCAGGCUGGGCCACCGGGCAGCUGCGACUGGGCCCUGAGCACUCAGCCAGGCCGGAGGAGGAUCCCCGUCAGGCACAGAAGCCAGAGAGCAGAGUGCACAUGCCCAGGGCUCCGUGUGAGUGCCACCUCCUCUGCUAGUCCAGGAACCACCUGCUCUUUCUCAGUGGGAUCCUCUCGGGGCAGCAGGGAGAGUUUGUGUGGGUGCAUCUGCCCAUGAGCUCUGUAAGUUGGAAGCUUUAUCCACCUGGAUGUGCUCAAUGACCAGAGAAUCUACAUCUAAACCCUCAAGUCCAGCAUUGCUCUCCGCAUUGUUAAGCACGUGCAGCAAAAAGUCAGCACGCUUUUUGGGCCACCGACACUGUCCAGCCCCGCUGUCUGGCCUGGGCACACCUACUAGCUCCACCAUCGUCACAACAGAAUGGCACCCAUUGCUUCUGAAAAGUGACGUCCUUCAGAGACUUGGUGGCUCUUGGAGAUGCCUACCCUGAUGGCCUGGCCAGUUUCACGAGGGUCCUCACAAUGAACAUGAAGAUUUGAACCUCCGGAUCUGCAGGGGUUUGUGGGGUUUUCUGGGUCAAGGGAAGAGUGAGCCACCUGUAGAGGUCUCCUCUGGCUGUUCGGGAAGAGCAGGAAUACAAGGCCUGUGAACCCAGCACAGGGCUGGGGGCCCUGAGGAAGGGACUGCUGGGGCCCCUCCCCGCAGAGCAGUCUGCAGACCAACACCUGAGACCUUGGCUCAGGCUCCAGGUGAAUCACAUUUUGUCGCCCCCAAAUUCUAACCCCCAGCACCUCCAAACGUGACCUUAUUCAGAAACAAGGUCAUUGCAUUGUAAUGAGUGAGAGUAGGGUGGGCCCUGGGCCAAUAUAAUUAGUGUCCUCCUUAAUAAAAGGGGAAGUUUGGACACACAUACGGCGAGAAGGCCCGGUGAAGAUGAAGGCAGAGAUGGGGGUGAUGCUUCGACAGCCAGGGAACCCCAAGAUGGCCAGCAGCCAGCAGGCGCUGGGGGAGGGUGGACCGGAAUCUCCCUGGAGCCUUCAGAGGGAGCAGGGCCCUGCGCACACCUUCGUCUUAGACCUCUGCCCUUAAAACAGCGAGAGGAUAAAUGUCCCCUGGCUGUCUCAGCCGCUCAGAUCCUGGUGCUUUCACAGCAGCCAGGACACUAAGAUCGUUUUCUUUAUGUUGUAAACUCUUACGUGCACCAAGGAUUCCUGUAUUUAAAAAAAGGGGGUGGGGGUGGGGGUGGCUGGAUUGGAUCUUUUUAUUUACUCCAGCUGGAAUGACCACACUUUCAUGGCGGUGUUGUCUUAAUUCACUGUGAAGCCGCGGGAGCACUCCCAGCCAGCCUGCCCAGGUUCCUGCCCGCGCUGGGCCCUCCUGUGACACCCUGGCCCCAUCCUGCGACUGCCCUGGGCGCCUGCACCUCCGCUGCCACUGCCGCUCUCCCUGGUGCGACCCCGAGGACCCCAACGCGGUGUGGGCAUGCGACUCUGAGUUGCCAGGCCUUGCUUCCCACCUACCUGGGCGCUGGGCGCUGAGACUGUCGUUCCUGGGCCCGGCACUGGGGGGAGCUCUGCACCAGGCCACCUGCUCAGGGGAAGCCUGGAACACAUCAAACCACAGACCCUUACAAAACGGGCUCCCUCCCUGGGUCGUGGCCCUGGUGACCCUUCUUUUCCAGGUUUGCACUUUCUACCUAAAUGUUCGCUGUAUUCCACUAAACACACGUGACCAGGAGGAUGGCUCCACAACAUGACCGGUUUUGAGAGUUCCCGGCUGCGUUGCUGGCGUGUGGUUUAUACGCUGUUCCCGCUACUUCUGUUAGCAGCUGCCUCUGACAUUCCCGAACACAGCCAUGGGCCAUCGCAUCACCCCUGCUGGGGCCUCUGCCUUCAGAGCCUGGAGACCACUGAGGGGUGAGGGUGUUCCCCCAGCUCCACUCGGGGCCCGCCCCUUCCUGGGGGGCCCUUUGGGCAGGAGUCA